UGUCGACAUUAACAUGGCCACGGCGGUCAUCCAGUAAUAACUCCAAUACGCGCUACGCCGUCACGCAACCUUUCUGUCAGUUUCGAUCGAGGAAAAAUCGCGAUUGUCCAGUGAAUCUGUGCCCGUAAACACUGCAAAAAGUGUGUGUCGAGUGUCAUGUGGAUACAGUUCUGACAUCUCGACGCCCAUGCAUGACGGGAAAGUGUGUUAAUGAAAAACAAUCACCGGAGUCGAUUCAACUCAAAUUAGAAUAAAGUGCAUCGAACAAAAAGAAAACGAAUAUGCUGCAAAACUCGUACAAAGCCAUGUACCGGCCCAACUUCUACGAAAGCACGUGUCUGCGGUGCAACGAGACCGUCUACCAAGUGGACCGUGUGGGCCCCCUGAAGGACUUCACCUUCUUUCACAGCGGCUGUUUCAAGUGCGCGGUCUGCGGCACCAAACUGACCCUAAAGACUUACUACAACAACCAGCACCGGCAGGAGGACAAGGAAGUGUACUGUAACAGUCAUGUGCCCAAAAUAGGACCGGGUCACCUGGACGGUUCGUCCGUUGGAAUCAGGUCGGCGCUCAAUGUGCCCAAGUCGACGAAUUUCGUCAAUGAACAGAUCAGGGGGCCCGGCAGGGGGAGCUUCGAGGAAGGUUUGAAUAUCCGGACGCACGUAAAUGGCAGCUCACAACAACCCCACUCACCACCAUACAGUGGGGAGAGACACUCUAGUCCGCAGCACUACAGUCCUAAUCAUUACCAAAACAAUCACCAUGAAAGUUCCCCUUCCUAUCAGUACGGACGUUUCGACGCUAGUGCCCUUCACAUAGCACACGCGUUGAAACAGACAGAGCUACAAAAAUCAUACAAAAUGACUAGGGAGAAGCCGAUCGACUGCUACUUGGACAGAGAUGAGCAGAGGCGAUUAGAAAUGAUACAUCGGAAAGAAGAGGACGACUUGUACAGAAAAUUCCAAAGGCAAAGAGAAGAAGAAGAGAAACGAAUUAGAGACGAAAUUAGGGAUGAAUGGGAAAAGGAAUUGGAAAGGUUGACAAAUAGAUUUGAAAGAGAGAUGCAGAUGAAAAGGAAAAGAGACGAUCAAAAUAUUUUAACUUUAAGACAUCAACAAGAAAGGGAAGACUUGGAGAAAAACAUGACUUUAAGAAGGGAUAAAAAGAAAGAAUCGCUUACACGAAAAAUGCUGGAGCAUGAAAGGGCAGCAACAGCUGCUUUAGUUGAAAAACAGAGUCAUGAAAUGUUGGAGUUAAUUAAUGAAAAAAGAAGUGAGUACAUGCAAGCAGAGUCACUCUAUUUGGACCACAACGAUGGAUACGUUGAGGAAUUGCAACCGUAUCCCAGUCAUGCACCUGCACCAGCACCUCCUGCACUAAGCAAAUUUCAGGUUUACAAUGAUCCUGUAGAGUUCACUAAUGUUGAUCAAAUUGCUAUAUCAGUCGCUCAAGAAGAUCAAAAAUCUUUUACCGACUUGGUAAGACAACUUGUCGGCAGAUGUGGGUCUGACAUAGAAAAGGCAAGAACAAUAUUUAGAUGGAUCACAGUAAAAAAUCUAAAUACGAUGUCUUUCGAUGACAACUUAAGAGGUGACACUCCUAUGGGACUCCUAAGAGGGAUCAAAAAUGGCACUGAAAGUUAUCACGUACUAUUCAAGCGACUGUGCAGUUAUGCAGGUCUUCAUUGUGUGGUGAUCAAGGGUUACUCAAAAUCAGCUGGAUACCAACCAGGCGUAAGAUUUGAAGACAACCGCUUUAGAAACUCAUGGAAUGCUGUAUAUGUCGCUGGAGCUUGGAGGUUUGUGCAGUGUAACUGGGGAGCUAGACACCUUGUUAAUGCUAAAGAUGUACCAAAAGUAGGAAAUAAAACAAAGUCAGAUAGCUUAAGAUAUGAGUAUGAUGAUCACUACUUCUUGACAGAUCCAAAGGAAUUCAUUUACGAAUUCUUCCCGCUACAAUCUGAAUGGCAACUCUUAAAAAAUCCUAUUACGUUGCAGGAGUUUGAAGAGCUUCCAUUUGUAAGGUCCUUAUUCUUCCGCUAUGGUCUCUAUUUUUCAGACCCUAACACAAAAGCUGUUAUGUUCACCGAUUCAACAGGAGCUGCAACUGUUCGUAUCGCUAUGCCUGCUCAUAUGCAGGGGACUUUAAUUUUUCACUAUAACCUUAAAUUCUAUGACAGCGAUGGAGACAGUUAUGACGGAGUUUCUCUCAAAAGAUUUGUGAUGCAGUCCGUCGUUGGAAAUAUGGUAGCAUUUAGAGUUCAUGCACCAUGUAGUGGAGCAUUUUUAUUGGAUAUUUUUGCAAAUGCCGUCACUCCCAAAGAGUACCUUACCGGAGAACCUAUGAAGUUCAAGAGUGUAUGUAAAUUUAAAAUUUGCUGUGAAGACCUACAAACUGUAAUGGUGCCUCUGCCUGACUGUGCCAGUGGCGAAUGGGGCCCCACAAAAGCUACAAGACUAUUCGGAUUGGUGCCCAUUACACAUCAAGAUGCAUUAGUUUUUGCUGGCCGAGAACUAGAAAUUCAAUUCAGGAUGUCCCGUCAGUUAACUGAUUUCAUGGCUACACUACAUAAAAAUGGGGUAGAGGAAAAACGUCUCUCAAAAUUUGUAUCACAUAGCGUAUCGGAUGACAUCGUCACUUUCAAUAUAAGUUUCCCCGAAGAGGGUCAAUAUGGUCUAGAUAUUUAUACAAGAGAGAUGGUACUGGAUUCGGCAGGCGAAAAACACUUAUUAACCCAUUGUUGUAAAUAUUUGAUAAAUUCCUCAAAAAGGAACUAGUUAUUUUUUAUAUUACUUUUUACCUGCUUUGGACAGACACAUAACUUAUUUAACAUAUUUUUUUAUCUAGUCUAAAAUUUAUAAGAAAAUAUAUCUAACUUUUAAUGAACAUAAUUUUGUAUCCUGUAAAAGUUAAUUCAAUCGAGGUAACAAACACAUUAAGAUGAUAUGGCAUUAAAUACUAAAAAUAUAACCAAAUAAAUAAAUAAAAAAGUAAAUUUUUACUUUUUAAGUCAAUAUAUAGUUCAAGAUUUAUAGUUCAUAUUAACAACCAAAUAGCUUGCUACAAAUAUAAAACCAUUUUUCUAUAAGGUGUUUCAAUAUUCCGUGUACAUAAAAGUGCCACAUAUUAUUAGAAUCAAAAUAAGGGAUUUAACUAAAGAUACUUCUAUCCAAAGUCACUUCAUUUAGUGAUUUAAAAUGAAAUUUGGUAUGCUAGUACUUGCAUAUAGUAAAUACAUUUGCAGAAAUGUGAAAAAUAUAAAACUAUUUUAAUUUGACACCAAGAAUCUGUGGAGUUCUAUGUUCACAGUAUAAUGAAAAAGCCUCUAAACUAAUCUAAUACUUUAGGCAGAAGAAUGCCCAAUCCUCUUAAAUUUCGAUUUUGUUUGUCUGAAGCAGGCCAAUUUAAAAAUGGUGCUCACUUUCGACAAACAACAUAAUGAUGUAACAGUAUUUAUUACAUUUUACAUAGGAACUUUAAAAGUUAUAAUUAAUGCAGUUUAAAAAGCUUACAUAGGCCUAACACUUGCCCAAAUAUAUUAAAUGAAAAUAACUUCGUCCAACUUGUGAGAGAGUGCAAUAACGAAAAAUUAAAGAUUUAUUUUUUAAUUGGAAAAUGUAUGGGUUGAAUACACACCAUAAUGGAUAUUUUCUGUAAUUGUUAAUAGUGUAUGCACAUAUUAUUAAAUCAUAUAUUUUUUUGUUAAUUAUUAAUAUAUUGACUUAAAACUUAAAGUUACAAUUCCAGGCUUUAAGUUGCUUUAUUGUUUAUAUAAAAUUUGUAUGUACUUAC